AUGAAGAAGCUGAUAGGGAACUAUUCAAUCCCACCAGAGUUGAAUAAGCAACUACAAAAAGAAUUUGCAAAAGACGUAUCUCUACCUACUUCCGAAAUCAAACUGAAUAUCCUCAAGAAUGAUUACCAGAAACGAUAUAAUCAAACAAUUGACUUUAGCGAAAAGACAUACAAACAGUUGAUGAAUGAACGAAACUUGGAGCGAGAAGAGAAAAGAGUGGAUAAACUAAUCAAAGAGAAACAAGAAAGUGAAACAGCUACAACUCUGACUACUGUGGCUCCACUGAAUGAACCACGAACAAGAAAGAAGAGGUGGGAUGUCACCCCUGAAGAAUACUUGAAACAAAAGGCAGACCAAGAAGAACAAGCUUUGGUGCAAAAGACAACAUCUGACUUGCUUCAGAAGUUAAAAGAAGGUAAAGUUCCCAUAAUCAACGGCAUACCCUUGACUGAUGAAAUAUUAGACAAGAUAUUACCCAGUGGCUACGUUAAAGUAGCCCCGCCUGUUGGAUAUAACCAGGUAGACGACAACUUAUCCCCCGAUAUUAUUGCCACAACUGAUGACUACUAUACGAUACCUGCUAAUGAAGAUGUUACUAGCAAGAUUAUGACCACAGAAAGUGCCGAUAUGCCAGUCAAGGGUCUUGAAUUCUUUAAGAGCGAAGAUGUCAAGUACUUUGGAAGAUUGAUGAAUGUAGACGAAGAAAACGAACAAGAUGCAGACACAAAGAAAGAAAUUCAAGCCAUGAAAUUAAUCUUAAAAGUCAAGAAUGGCUCACAAAUAACAAGAAAGAGAUCUAUGAGAUCACUCACAGACAAUGCGAAUAAGUUUGGUCCGAAGGUACUUCUUAAUCAAAUCCUUCCAAUAUUAUUAGAACCUAAUUUAGAACCUCAAGAACGUCAUAUCUUAGUGAAGUUGUUGUCUAGGCUAUUAUUCCAAUUUGAUGAACUAAUUAGACCACACACACAUCAAAUUCUUCAAGUCAUAUCACCUUUAUUAAUAGACGAAGAUUCAACAAUCAGACUUGAAGCCAGAGAAAUAAUUUCAAGUUUAACUAAAGCUGCCGGAUUAGCCAAUAUACUAUCUACUUUAAGACCAGAUUUGGAUAACGUGGAUGAGUACAUAAGAAACCUCACUGCAAGAGUAUUUGCCAUUGUAGCCAACACGCUUGGUCUCAAAACUUUCUUACCAUUCCUCAAAGCAGUGCUUAAGUCAAAGAAAAAUUGGACGGCAAGACAUACUGGGAUCAAGAUUAUUCAACAAUUAUGCAUACUAUUAGGUAAUGGAAAUGGUAGCUCAAUCUCACCUUAUUUGACACAGUUGGUGGAAAUGUUAAAACCCACAAUCACCGAUGAAUCACUCCAAGUUAGGACAAUAACUGCAUUGACGUUGUCACAAUUAGCCGAGAAUGUAACUCCUUAUGGUAUUGAAUCUUUUGAAACUAUCCUUGAACCUGUUUGGUUUGGCAUUAGAAAACAUAGAGGGAGAGCAUUGGCUGCUUUCUUGAAGUGUAUUGGGAAUAUCAUUCCUUUAAUGUACUACAAUUCAAAUUAUGAAGAGUUUUCAAAUUACUAUACCCGUGAAUUGGUCAAUGUUUUAGCCAAGGAGUUUACAUCGCCUGAUGAAGAUAUGAGAAGAACUAUUCUUCGAAUAAUCAUAAAAUUGCCACUUUCAAGAAAGUUGAAUGAGAAUUACAAUAGUCAAAUUGUCAAACCAUUCUUUAAUGCAUUCUGGAACCGUCGUACUGCCAGUGAUAAUACUCAGACCACAAGACUUGUGGUUGAUGCAACAACCCAUCUUGCCAACAAAUUUGAUUUUCUUAGUUUGUUAGAUCAUAUUGUGAUAUUCACCAAGGAUGAUAAUGAACAACUUAGGAGACUAGCAAUUGAAGCUGUAAACAAGAUGAUAUCGACAUAUCCUGAUGAAUUAAUUGGGUUAGAUUCACAACUGGAGUUACAAUUGGUUGAUGGGAUAGUGUACGCAUUCCAACAGCAAACAGUACAUCAUAGAAUAUACCUUCAAGCAUUUGAUUCAUUAGCCAAGUCGUUGAAUGUCAGAUUGAAACCACAUUUAAAUUCAAUUAUAAGUUCCAUAUUGUAUCGAAUGAAGAACAAUGUAGCGGAAAUAAGACAACAAUCAUCAGAUUUACUUAGUAUACUUGCACCAGUAAUCAAAAAGUGUUCCACUGAUGACGAAUUAUUAACAAAGUUGAUACUUAUCCUAUAUGAAUCAUUAGGUGAAGUAUACCCGGAAGUGUUAGCAUCAAUCAUUACGGCAUUGUAUUCAUGUCUUGAUUCAGUUGACAAGUCAACGUUGUACAUUAUGCAAAACCCAUCGAUAAACCAAAUCCUUCCUACAUUAACACCAAUUUUAAAGAAUAGGCAAGAAAAAGUUCAAGAGUCAUGUAUCAAAUUGAUUGGGUUGAUUGCAAAGAAAAACCCUGAAACAAUUAACGCCAAAGAAUGGAUGCGUAUCUGUUUUGAAUUAUUGGAGUUGUUGAAAUCAACCAAAAAGAGAAUUAGAAUUGCUGCUAAUGAUACGUUUGGGUAUAUAGCCAAGACGAUCGGUCCUCAAGAUGUUAUUGUGAUGUUAUUGAAUAACUUACGGGUCCAGGAACGUCAAUUGAGAGUCUGUACCGCUGUUGCCAUGGGGAUUGUCGCAGAAACAUGUUCUCCAUUCACGGUACUACCUGCUAUUAUGAACGAAUACCGUAUCCCGGAAAAGAAUGUUCAAAAUGGUGUUUUAAAAGCUAUAAGUUUCUUGUUUGAAUACCUUGAUGGGAAUACCACUAGGGAUUACUUAUUUGCAAUCACUCCAUUGCUUGAGGAUGCCCUAAUUGAUAGAGAUUUGGUCCAUCGUCAAACUGCUGCAACUGUAAUUAAACAUAUGGCGUUGAAUUGUGUGGGAUUGACCAAUGCUGAGUAUGAUGACAUAUUCAUUCAUUAUUUGAACUUGAUUUUGCCUAACAUAUAUGAAUCUUCACCCCAUGUUAUAUCGAGAAUCUUGGAAAGUUUAGAUGGUUUGAGAAACUUGUUGGGGUUGGGUGUGUUUACUAACUAUAUAUGGGCAGGUUUGUUUCAUCCAGCAAGAAAAGUAAGAACUCCGUAUUGGAAAGUGUUCAAUAGCGCCUAUAUUCAAAACAGUGAUGCUCUAGUUCCCUACUAUCCUCGGUUUGAACAGUUGGAACUGCUGCCUGUAGAUUACAAAGUUGAAGAAUUGGAUUUGUUCUUAUAA